AUGUUCCCCACGCAUGCUCGUUUCACGAAACACGUCUCGCGUCCCGCCACCCUCAUCAGCGUGGCCGUCGGCAAGAACAAGCGCCUCUCCAAGGGAAAGAAGGGCGGGAAGAAGAAGGCCGUGGAUCCUUUUACGAAGAAGGACUGGUAUGACGUGAAGGCGCCCAGCUCCUUCUCUCAGCGGAACGUGGGCAAGACGCUGGUCACUCGCACCCAGGGAACCAAGCUCGCCUCCGACGGCCUCAAGGGUCGCGUGUUCGAGGUGUCCCUGGCUGACCUCCAGGGCGACGAGGACCAGGCGUCGCGGAAGUUCAAGCUGCGCUGCGAGGACGUGCAGGGCCGCUAUGUGCUGACCAACUUCUGGGGCAUGAGCCUGACCACCGACAAGCUCCGGUCCCUCGUCCGCAAGUGGCAGUCGAUCCUCGAGGCAUCCGUCGACGUCAAGACCACCGACGGUUACACGCUGCGCAUGUUCUGCAUCGGAUUCACGGGCCGCCGCCCCAACCAGGUGAAGAAGACGUCCUACGCCCAGACGUCUCAGGUGCGGCAAAUCCGCAAGAAGAUGAUGGAGAUCAUGACGAAGGAGGCGUCCACUUGCGACCUCAAGGAGGUGGUGAGCAAGCUGAUCCCUGAGGUGAUUGGCCAGCAGAUCGACAAGGCCUGCCAGGGCAUCUACCCGCUGCGGGACGUCCACAUCCGGAAGGUGAAGGUCCUCAAGGCGCCCAAGUUCGACCUCACGAAGCUGAUGGAGGUGCACGACAACUACACGGCCAAGGAGGACAAGGGUGCCCCGGUCGAGCGUCCCGCCGAGCCCGAGGCCGAGGCCGCCUAA